UUAGUUUUUAUUAUCGCGAAAAUAAGCAGCCGCGAAUAUAUCCCGACCUACGGUAUUAUGAGCCACGCCCUCUGAGAUGAGCCCCACACUUAACCCUGUUUACUGAAUUGAUCUAAAGCAAGAGUAGAUAACUCUUGCUGAAAGGUAGCCAUGAUUGAUAUAUCUCAAUGGAGAACUGCUAUUGGUCACUGGAACUCCUCCAGACUUCGUUCAUUGACUCUUGCAAGUGGUAUUGAUGUUGAAAGUUUGAAGGAAUCAACAAAUGAAACUUUUAACGCUGCUUCUACUACUAAGCCCGCUGCUAUUCCUACUGUUAAUAUUACUGCUGUUUAUUCUGGUCCUAAUUAUACUUCUAAACGUACUGCUGAGGUUUCUACUAAAGAAACCAUGCUUAUUUAUAAAGGAAUGCUGUCAUGUGAUAUAGUUUCAUAUGCUGUCUACUUAAUUAUGUACUUUAUGCUCCUCCUCCUUUUAUCAGGAGAUGUUGAGCUCAAUCCUGGACCUAUCACUGUGGAACAAGUUUGUUCAAAAAUAGACAAAUCUCUUCAAAAACAUUUUGCAGAUAUAGAAAAAGCCACAGAGUAUUGUAUUGAUGACAUUAGUUCCAAGCUUUAUUCCAAACGCCUGAUCACAGAAUCAGUCAAAAAAUCCCCAACAUAUCACAAAAUAGUCAGUGAACUUAAAGUAGGAAUGAGUUUACUGUCAAACGUUUCACAAUUAAUUGAACGUUAUGAGACAUUCUUGGAUUGUCUUUCAUGUGAUGGCGGACCUGCUAAAGAUGUAGUUGAUAGUUUAAUGGCUGAUUGGAAAGAUAUCAACAAGCAAUGUGAAUAUGAUGAAGGAUUGAAGACUUUCAGGGUUUCAAGGACAAGUGAGGAAGAGAUAAAGCUUGCUGUCUUGUCGUUAAAUAGUUCAUUUGCUAAAUUAUUAAAACAACUUAAAGAAGGGUUGAAAGACACUAGUGUAUCAUGUAUUAUAGAGCACUUACAUGAUGCUGGGUAUACUUACCUACCAUUGGAAGAAUUGAAUACCUCUAGUGAUGCUAAUGUACUUAUUAGUAAGCUGGACAAGUAUUAUGACUUUUUGGACUGUGAUGUUCUUGAGACUAUUGCUACAGAAUUUACAACACCAACUUUAUCACAAGAAUUUCUGGAUCAUUCGAAAGCUGCAGAAAAAUUUCGUGAGUCCAAAUCAGUUGAAGACCUCAAGGAAUUCUUACAAGAAAUUUUUAGUCCUCACAUACACAACUUAGCUGAUGCACCAAAAGCACACAUACGCCUUCAAAAUGUAUGGAGAGAGCUGCAGCUUCAUAAGCUACGUACUCUCAUCAAAUGUUUCUUUCCUACAUGUGAUCGCUUGGCUCUGACCAAAGCAAUAAACAUCACAUGUUCUUCAGUUCACAUUACAUACUUCAUGACUGAAUCACCGAAAGAAAUAGAAUACCUUAUUUUACUUAACAGAGAAAAGUUAGCAUUCAUGAAAUAUAUUGGAGUCUAUGAGCUAUGCAUUAAUGGUGUAACUAUUCUUCAGAGUAAUAGUGAUAAAUCCUUUAACUUUGAUACUGCUUUAUUAGAGGCAGCACAAGUAAAACAAGCUGAAGUAAUAGAAUUUAUUCUCAAAAUAGAAUCUUGUAGUGAUGCCAUAAUUACUAAAAGCAUGGAAAAUAUACUGAUCACAUUGCAUUUUCACAAAAGUCAUAAUGACAGCAUUAUAGAAAUACUUAUUAACAAGUAUCCCAGCAAUUUGUGCAAAAGAGGAUUUAUACUAGCCGCACAAAAAGGAUUUAUUGAAAUAGUUUUAGAAUUCCUUCAAAAGGAGAUCAACCCAAAUACUCAAGAUAAUGAUGGCUGGACAGCACUCAUGUUAGCUAGUCAAAAUGGUCAUCGAAAAGUGGUUGAGCUACUCCUUAAUGAAAAGGCUGAUCCUAACAUUCAACACAAUGAUGGCUGGACAGCACUCAUGUUUGCUAGUAAAAAAGGUCAUCAACAAGUGAUUGAGUUACUCCUUAAUGAAAAGGCUGAUCCUAACAUUCAAGAUAAUGAUGGCAGAACAGCGCUCCUGCUAGCUUGUGAUGAUGGUUAUCAACAAGUGGUUGAGUUACUCCUUAAGAAAAAGGCUGAUCCUAACAUUCAAGACAAUGAUGGCUGGACAGCACUCAUGGCAGCUAGUCAAAAUGGUCAUCAACAAGUUGUUGAGUUACUCCUUAAUGAAAAGACUGAUCCUAACAUUCAACACAAUGAUGGCUGGACAGCACUCAUGUUUGCUAGUAGAAAAGGUCAUCAACAAGUGGUUGAGUUACUCCUUAAUGAAAAGGCUGAUCCUAACAUUCAAGAAAAUAAUGGUGCAACAGCACUCAUGGCAGCUAGUGCAAACGGUCAUCAACAAGUGAUUAAGUUACUCCUUAAUGAAAAGGCUGAUCCUAACAUUCAAAAAAAUAAUGGUGCAACAGCACUCAUGGCAGCUAGUGCAAACGGUCAUCAACAAGUAGUUGAGUUACUCCUUAAUGAAAAGACUGAUCCUAACAUUCAAGACAAUGAUGGCUGGACAGCACUCAUGUUAGCUAGUCUAAAUGGUCAUCAACAAGUGGUAGAGUUACUCCUUAAUGUAAAGGCUGAUCCUAACAUUCAACACAAUGAUGGCUGGACAGCACUCAUGUUAGCUAGUCUAAAUGGUCAUCAACAAGUGGUAGAGUUAAUUCGAAAUGAAAAGGCUGAUCCUAACAUAGUAGCAUUCCUGAUUAAACAGUUCCAAGGUCACUCGGUAGCAGUCAAUGAGUCUGUACGACCGGUGACACCACCCAUUCAGCCUUCAAUACAGUCAAAGGAAACCUUCAGUUCCUCUUCUGCUGGAUCCAGUCCAGCCGCUAAUAAGAGACUGACAACAAAGCGGCCGCCUCCAGCAGUGCCAAGCAAACCAUCGAAUUAUCAAAAGCACAAGAUUAAAGUGACUGCCCCUCCACCUCCUCCCAAUGAGGCUACAUGUACCUCUCCUCCUGAUGCUGCUACAGGUCUACCAGAGCUAGCAUCAGGACCAGCUCUUCCAAACAAGACACAAACUAGCAGUCCACAACACUCACUCGAGUCUAAACCACAACAAUUUGUACCGAAUGAGCAACAUUUGACGACCGAGCAGUCAGAGAGGCAAACAGAAUCAACUCUAGAAAAACAAGACUCACCUGGAGCAAAGCACAGGGAUAUACUCAAGCUGGAGCGGCAGGACUCUCCUCUAGAAGAUGUGGCUCAGUCACAGUUGGAUAAGAGCAAGUCAGGACCAUCCCUUGGAGAUGCAUCGUUAGUUAAAGAUAAACUUCAGGAGCAGCUAGCUCAGCAGAUAACUCAGUCAAAGUCUCCACGAUUAGAUCAGAGAAAGAAAAACUAUGAAACCAGGGGAAUAUCUGAGAAAAAGAACUAUGAAAAAACUAAGCCAACUCCUCCUCCUUCAACCACUAAACCAAAAAGAAACAAUUAUGAGCCUAAAUUACCAAUGCUAAGACAGAAGCAUGGGAUAACCUCUGGAACUCCUACCACUGCCAGUGACAAUCCCUCACUAACUAAUGUCACACAAUCACUACCUGUGACUACUCCACCUAAUUCUGCUCUCUCUCACCCUCUACCUCCUCCUCCUCCUCCUCAGUUUGUAUCUGCUGUUAAUCAGCCCCUCCCUCCUCCCCCACCACAGGCUAACCCCCUCCCAUUCUCUCCCCCUACUAAGGACACAAUGUCAUCGCCUCCUAUUCAUUCAAUGUCUAUGAUGUCACCACCUCUUGAUUCUAGUCCUACUGUGGUCUCUCAUUAUCCUUCUCUUAGUUCUCCUCCUAUACUGUCUCCUCCUCAAUCUAUGGUGAGUCCCUCCUCGUCAGUUCACUUCAGUCCUCAUUCCUCUGUGGUGAGUUCUCCAUCUCGUUCUGUGUCAUCAGUACAGGCACCCACUACUCCUCACGGUCGCUCUCCCUCUCCCCCUCCCAUUCCUCCUCACACAGCUGCAAUGUUGAAGCCCCGAGAGCCAGAGAGUGUCAAACCCUCCAAGAGACACAACUACUUCAACAUUUUUAAGAAGCUAACAGGUGAUUCAAAUGAUGGGAAGAAACCAGGAGAUACCCCAUCAAUAGAUAAUAAUGCAAAUAGUGGCAAACGACGAAGGACUCAGGUCGAUAUGACCAGGCGUCCCCUCCCAAUGGAGCCACUAGUCAAACCGGUCCAUGGUGAGGACGAAUAUGAGAAACCUGAUACUUUCUUUGAGAGACCACGAAUGCCGCUACCAGGAGAGAGUCCCAGUCCUUAUCCACUCCCAGUGCCUCUACCAGGAGAGCAGUAUCCAGUGUCAGUAGAUCCUCGGAUGAAUAGUCCUUUUAUUGUUGAUCCAAGAUAUGCUGACCCGAGAGUCCCUGGAUUUGAUCCGCUAGUGAUGACCACUCGUAAUCCGUAUCCUUACAUAAUUCCAAAUGCUAGUGUGCCAGCUAAUCUGUGGUCAACUCCUAACUGGUUUGCUAAUAGACCCUCUGAGCAAUUGCUACUGAGCGAGCACCUCCAGAGGCUCCAUGCCCAACAGAGUAAUGUGCCAAGGAGGAGCCAGUCAUUCCAGGUGACUGGUAGCAGACGAGUUAAUCAUCUAGACGAUGAUGUUGAUGAGGAUGGUUAUCAGAAUCCUGACAUUGUGGAAGACAUAAGAAAAGAGCGUAAUUUAACCUCUCAGUGGAGUGUUGGUCCCCAGCAGCUCCCUGGAAGGAGCAUUGAUUAUGAUUAUCCUGAGCUGAGAGGUUUCAGAACUGUCCCUUGGAGAUCACCUCAGCGAUCGCACCAAGAGAGACCACUCCCCAGUCGCAAGCCUCCCCACCCCCUCCAGAAAGAAGAUAGUUAUGUUAACAUGGACGAGUCUUCGUUGGCUGAUGAUUAUCAAAACUCUGACAUCAUCAACUCAAUGACAGACUUUGUACCGCAGGUGAGGUUACCCCCUCGCUCCAAGGGAGGCUCUAUGGAUGACAGCUUCCUUUACUAUAACAUGAGAAGGAGGAUAUUCUGUCGC